AUUCAACAUCGAACCUGACCACACUAAUAGAUGAGCUCCACUUAAUGCUGAGGGUGACAGACAUCCUGAUAGAUAAUGCAAUAGAAGAUGCAAUGCAGUGGGAUGAAAAGGAAAAGAUCAGUAAAAGAUCACACAAAGGAAGCACAAGCUAUCUGAGUCAAUUAGUACAAACUAUACGGUCGUGUGGGGUAUCAUUUCAAGUGUGGGAGAAGCUUAAUGCAGAUGGUAGGGGAAGUGGUACCUAUGACCUCACAAGUUUGAUGGGUAGCGAUAGAAAAAAACUUCUGAAAGAGCUCCCAGAGAAGCUCAUUGGUGUCCUACAGCCAUCUACAGCUGCUAGGGUAGCAGAAAUCUGGAAGGAUUUCCACCAUUUGUAUUUUGAUUGUUUCUAACUGGAAACCACCAUCCAU